GGCCGCGGUGCGCUAGCUUGAUCAGGAUUACCCGUGUCUUCCAAACUGUCCACGGAUGUGCGUCAACACCACGACUUCUUCUAGCUGAUCAGUCAAUUGACCCAAGCGGAACGAUGGCACCUCUGCUUCAGAUGUGGGCUUUCCCCAGCGCUAUAGGAUUCAUUGUCUGGCUCAUGGCCACAUGGUAUGGCGAAGUGAUGCACAAAGUCCCGAACCCCUACCUGGACGAGUACUUCCAUGUUCCCCAGGCCCAAAAGUACUGCAAAGGCGACUACUCAUGGGACCCAAAGAUCACAACACCACCUGGCCUAUACUUGAUCUCCAAACUAUACAAGCCACUGUUAGGCUGUGAAAUAGGUUCUUUGCGGCUUGUGAAUGCCCAAGCCCUUUGUGUCAUAUUGGUCCUUAGCUAUGGUAUACUGCGUAUACUUCGAACGCGUGAUAACCGAAGCAAAAGCUUGACCGAGAAUGAAAAGAAAGCAAGGCUGAACCAUGCCACACAAGACUCUACCUAUAUGGUUGAUGUUCAUUCCGCUCUCAAUGUCGCGCUGUUCCCCCCUCUUUUUUUCUUCUCGGCGUUGUACUACACAGAUGUGUGGUCGACUUUGGCGGUCUUACUGGCGUUUUAUGCGUAUCUGGCUAAUUCGCAAUCGAUUCGAACUGUCACGGGAUAUUCCAGCGCAGUGUCUUUUGGUGUGUUCGCACUUCUCUUCCGGCAAACUAAUAUCUUUUGGGUGGCUGUCUUUCCCGCCGGACUUGCCGUUGCCGAUGCGCUCAAGAAAGAUGCACCUUCGACGAUGUCAGACAGAGCAGACCCUAUAUUGGCCAUACAGACCGCCUGGAAAGACGGUACAGUUCACGACUACUCUGUUCAAGAUGCGGGGCUCCAAGAUGUUGUUGUAUUUGUGCUGUCCUUGGUCGUUGCCGCCUUACGGCAACCUCUGCUAGUGCUGAAGGUUGCUUCACCUUAUAUCACCCUUUUAGGUCUGUUUGCUGGCUUCGUUGCCUGGAAUGGGAGUGUUGUCCUUGGGGACAAAUCGGCCCAUACAGCUACCAUCCAUUUUCCUCAGAUGCUUUAUAUCUGGCCAUACAUUGCAUUCUUUUCAGCGCCACUUUUGGUCAGAUCUUUGCUUGGACCGCUUGUUCCUUUUCUACCCAUGCGUCUGCAGACAGCGUGUCACGACUACCGUAUCGCCUCUAGCUUCGGGCUUCCGACGCUGCUCACAAGUGGGCUUUCCUUAGCCUGCAGCUUCCUUGCCGUCCAUUUCAACACCAUCAUCCACCCGUACACCUUGGCCGACAACCGACACUAUGUUUUCUACGUCUUCAAGAUGCUCCGACUAUAUCCAGCGCUAAAAUACCUCGCAAUUCCAGUAUACUACGCCUGUGCAUGGUCUACGAUCCAAGCGCUUGCCUCACCAGCGAAGACCAUCUCACGAGUGGUGGAGCAAGCACCGGAAGAGAAGAUUCCAACCGACCUCUCCAAAGACACAGCUGAUCGCCAUCCCUGCCAGAUAAGCUUUGUUAUCAUAUGGUUAGCUACGACUGCUCUAUCAGUGAUCACUGCCCCUCUCGUAGAGCCUCGUUAUUUUAUCAUUCCGUGGAUCAUUUGGCGGCUUCAUGUGCCGUGUGGUCAAACCACGAACUCGAGAUACCGAUACGACAUUAGAUUGGUUUUGGAGACUAUUUGGUUGCUCGCUAUCAACGCAGCAGUUUCAUAUACGUUCUUGUUCCGCACAUUCACGUGGUCUAGCGAGCCUGGUAACCUGCAGAGGUUCAUCUGGUAGGGCUGGAGAUGAAGCUAUAGGGAGAUGAAUGUUGAAUCUCAAGACGAUGUUUGGUGCUACUGCGGAAUUCACAUCUUAGGUAACAAUCAUCAAAAUGGGGUAUAACAUGAGUAUCUUUGCGCCUUCGGGCGCACUUCAGCUCUUU